UACCCUCUCAAGUCCCCUUUUUACAUCUGAAAAUACUUAAAAGACUACCGGUUUAGUCCCAGUUGAACACUCGGAUAAUAUCAACAUAUAUAUGUUUGGCUUACUCUGGUUACUUCAGUUCUUCACUGGUGGUACAUUAGAGAUUGGAAGCAAGAUGAAGAGCAGUAAAAGAACAAGCGUACUUCACAUCUUUGUGUACAUGUUGGCCUUUACGUGGAUUAUCGGAGGUUCGAAUGCCGACAAAGAAAAUUGUAAAAUAUGUCCGGCAGCGUCGAAACAAACUGAUCAAGUAUGCGGCUCAGAUGGGAUAACAUACCCUUCUAAAUGCUCGUUAAAAAGGAAGGCGUGUCGAAAGGAUAUAGAAUUGGAAAUAGCAUACGUAGGCGAGUGUUUUAAUACAGUUACAGUCAACAACAGCCCUGCACAUACAGAUGCGACUACGGUGACUCCACAGCAUACAACAUCUUCAGUGGGAUUUAAUACAGAAUCACUUCCUAUUGAUCUUGAAGAUGCAGGUCUACCAGUGAAUUGUAAGAUUUGUCCAAGACCUUCCAUUGUAUCGCAACGGGUUUGUGGGAGUGAUGGUAAGACUUACCGGUCAAAAUGUUUAUUAAAGAAAAGGGCUUGUAAAACAUUGAAAGAGAUUGUGAUGCUUUACAAGGGAAGGUGUAAGCUGUCAGCUAGGCCUACUCCAGAAUCGACAUCGGAACCUUCAGCAGUUACGAGUGAAUUGACGAAGACUCGACCUACACAUCGGCUGUUACCGCUACAGCGUCCUCGUCCGACUCGGGGUUCAUAUGAAGCAGGGAUACGCCGAAAUCAAGGAACCACACAGGCUACCGCUAAACUUCCGAACGAAAUUGAAUCUCGAUUGACCCCUAAAAUCGUAGGUCCAGACGGUUCUGACUCCGAUGAGUUUGGAGAUGAUUGUGAAGAGUGCCCACAACCGACUGUAAACGACUUUGUAUGCGGCACAGACGGAACGACAUACAGCUCUGCUUGCCUUCUGCGCAAACUCAGUUGCAUAAAUGGUAUCCGCCUUAUUAUUGCACACAGGGGCCGAUGUUAUAACGAUACAGUCCAACUGCCGACACCUAACAAAAUUGUAGGCCCAAAUGGAAUCCCUUUAGGCCGACUUGAUACAAGAAAUAACACGUGCCACAAGAAGUGCCAACUACCUACAAAACGAGACAAAGUUUGUGGCAGUGACGGCUUAACGUACCCAUCUAAAUGCAUUUUGAAGCGAUCAGCGUGCCUGUCGAACACCGACAUUAGUGUAGUUCAUAAAGGACGAUGCAAGACGAUUCCUGUCACAAAGGAGAAUAGGAUCUCAGAAGAAGACAAUGAUGACAAUUCAGUUGAAGACGGUGCAGAACCUUCAAAUCUUCCGUCUGUCAACGCUAUUGCCGAGACUUACCGAAAUGGAGAGGAUGACAGUACGGAAGAUGAUAAAGAUUCAGAAGAGGUUCAUCCAGUAGGAGUAGUAACACCAAACAAGAAAAAGAAGAAAAAUAAUAAAAAGCCACCCAGUGACAAUCAUACAUUAACACCAAUUAAUAGAUUGACAACUGAAUCUACAUCACCUGUAACUUUAAAUAAUAGUACAGGUGUAAGCACUUCCAACACACCUGUAACCCAAGAUGAGCAAACAACAGAUAAUCAACAUGGCUUAAGCACUCCUCUACCUACAUUUACGCCAGUAGGUUUACAACAAGGCACCGAUAGUGUGAUGGAAACGCCUACCUUAGUCACAAACACUCCAACAACUGUAGACCUAACCACCAAAUUAUUAUCAACAAAAUUAUUCUGUGGUGGAAAGUGUCCGAAACCAACGAGAAAUGAUAAAGUUUGCGGAAGUGAUGGUAUGACGUAUAGCUCCGCGUGCUCGCUAAAAAAGAAAUCAUGUUCAUUCGGUACAGAUGUUGUUGUAGAUUACAAAGGAAAAUGCAAAAAACCGGCAAAAAAAUUACAGGAGCAUAUUACUCUACGUUCAACAACGUACCAACCAACACCAACAAAAACAACGCAUGAGUCUGAACAAACACCGACAAAUCCCGGAACAGGUGAUAGAAAGCUGUCACAGAACUCUGAGUUUCGUAGGAUGUCACAUACGACAUCCUACCCACCAACACCUACGCCAACGAAUGAGUAUGGACAAACACCGACAAAUGUUGUGACAUCCGGUAAAAUACCGUCAAAGAAAUCACAGUUUCAUACUACACAUACAACAAACCCACCAACACCAAUGAAAACUGAGGAGUCUAAACAAUCUAUAAAUGAUGCGACAUCUGAUAAACCGACUGUCGAUGAAACUGUUUCAUUAUUGACAACUGCUUCUAGUGAAAGAAUUUCAACAGAGAAAGAUUCAAUAUCAGAAUUCCACUCAUCAAAUGAAUUACCGGAAUCACCUCAGGAGAUGGUUGGUGAAGAAAAACCCACUGAAGUUACAUUCUCUCCUAAUUCAGAAUGUCCAAAUAGUACAUACUGCAUAACUUCAAAUUCUCGUAGUGAGAUUCCCGAAGAAACACCCACACCUACGGAAACAGAUAUGCUUAGUGAAACGUUAAACCGAUUGAAUCGCUUGGCGAGAGACCUUACACAAUCGUUAUCAAAUAUACUGAAUGAAUUGGCAUUCUUGAAAUCACAAAUUCAAGACUCUCAACAGAAACCAAAUAUGGAUGAUUGCCUAUUGGAUUGUUCGACUAUGUUCAAACCCGUUUGUGGAACUGAUCGAGUAAGCUAUACCUCUGAAUGUGCUCUGAAUAAAUUUAAAUGUGUCCAAAAUGACAUGGAUCUUUCUAUUGCCCACGAUGGGAAAUGUCAAUCAGAUAAGUGAGUCAGGACCAGCAAGUAACACAGUAGUAGGAAACUGUUGAAGGCAAUUAUAACACAUCUGCAAUUAACAUACAGUACUCUCAUUCUGUAUUGCUUCUUAAACAAAAUAAAUUUAUUUGUUCAGUUAUUCUUUAUUUUCAAAAACAUGUUUGCCGUGGUCUAAAGCCGGGCACUCACUGCGUCGUCCGACGAAUCCAACUCCGCUCUUUGUGAGCGGUGCACGACGCCACGCCGUCUGCUGAUUGUCGAUGGCGGUCUGAACGGAUCGUCACUGAAAAUGAUCCGUUCCGCGCGUCGUAGUGUUGUGAUCUCAUUGGAAUUUCGUCGAAGUGAGUGCCAUGGCUUAAUGCAUCCUUAACCGAUAUAUAAUUUAGUGGUACUGUACUAAUAUAUAACCACAAUUAUGGUUACGGUACUUAAUGUUUAAACCUUUUUAUAGGUCUAUGUUGUAUAAUUACAAUAAAAAGAGAAUUGUUAUGACUUUCUGAUAUGAAAACGAUA